GACAAGACCGUCGAAGCGAGUUGAGCCUACUGUUACGAAAGCAUACAUGCGUGCAGAGAUUUAGAAUGAACGUCCAGAGAAACCGGUUGUUUUGAGUGUGCCUCUUCCGCCGCCCCUCUCUGUAAAUACCCCGGCGUGUGCAGCUUUUACCGGUCACACAGUCAUCUCUCUUUCCAGCCGCUCACUUUUUGAGUCGUGCUCUUGUUUUCGGACCUCAACAGCUGAUUGAUCACAGGGAUGGGUUAUACGCUUGCUGUAAUAGGAUGUGGUACUAUGGGCAUCGCUGUUCUAUCUGGCGUUCUGGCCAGCUUAGACGCGACCCUCUCUCAGUCUGCAGCAGCCAAAUGGGAGUCACAUACCCCUGGGACAACCACACCUACUCUCUUGCCGACAGAUGACUCACUACCGUCUAGAUUCGUCGCUACUGUUAGUCGACAAGAGAGCGCGAAGCGACUUAGGAGCCUGUUCUUCAGCUUGGGGGGACUGGGACCAAGCGUUGAAAUUCUAGUUGGGGGCAACGUAAAAGCUGUUGAAGAAGCUGAUGUUGUACUCCUGUGUUGCAAGCCUCAGCUUGCUGAAGCAAUCUUGAGUGAACCAGGAUUAAAGGAAGCUCUGCAUGGCAAGCUUCUCAUCAGUAUUCUGGCGGGUGUCACCAUUGCACAACUCACGAAUAUGGUGGGAGCCGGCACUUCGGUCGUUCGUGCAAUGCCCAAUACCCCCUGCAAAAUUCGCGAAGGCAUGACUGUAGUCAGCAACUUGCCCUCAUCUGAUUCACUCGAACUUGACCGUGAACGAAUCCUCAAAAUAUUCUCUUCUAUUGGCAGAUGCCGAUUCCUGGAUGAGAAGCAUUUCGACGCCUGUACCGCACUUUCGGGGUCUGGACCUGCAUUUGCCUGCAUCUUUUUGGAAGCGAUGGCAGAUGGGGGUGUUAUGAUGGGGCUGCCUCGUGCAGAGGCUCUGGAACUUGCUGCUCAAACUCUGCAAGGUGCUGCUCGUAUGACACUUGGUGGUGGAACACACCCGGCACAACUUAAGGAUGCAGUUACAACUCCUGGUGGAUGUACUAUUGCUGGUCUGCUGGCUCUGGAGGAUGGAAGAGUAAGAUCAACGAUUGCACGAGCAAUUCAAAUUGCGACCGAACGCGCAAGUGAACUUGGACAGCCUGCUAAGAAGUGAACAGUCAGUUCAAUUCAUCCACCAACACUUUAUUUCAACGCAGACCUAAGCAUCAAAGAACUACUCAUGGAUGGUCGCAAAAUGUAGAAUAUCCAUUACUAGAUACAUGGCAAUUCAUGGAAUGGAUGUCACCAUCAAUUUCCUUCAAUU